AAGUUGUUAAUUAGUUGUGUGUUUGUGUGUGUAUAAUGGGCUGUUAGGUCCAUUCCUUCAUGGGUUUGGGUGGUGAUAUUCUUUUGUCUCAUGUGAUCAGUAGGAUAACAGUAUAACACCUUAGUAUGUGUAUCAGCAGUUCUGCCACUGGGUCGGGGUCGGGUUGGUAGUACUAGUAAGGCAUGUUGCUGCAUACGGGUCUUUAGGCCCAUUCCUAAAUUGGCAUCUUGUUCAAAUGCACCACAAUGUUUCGAACAUCAUUUUUGUUGUUGGCUUUCAUGGCUGCCGCAACUUCAAUUGCUUCAACUGACAAACAGACGUAUGUAGUUCACAUGGACAAGGCCAAGAUCACAGCUUUACACCUUGCUCUUGGCGAUUCCAAGAAAUGGUAUGAAGCAGUUGUUGAUUCCAUCAUUGAACUCUCAACUCAAGAUGGAGAAGAAGAAACAUCUCCUCCUCAGCUCCUAUACACUUAUGAAACUGCCAUGACCGGCUUUGCCGCAAAGCUCUCCAUCAAGCAGUUGCAAGCCUUGGACAAAGUUGAGGGGUUUCUAUCAGCUGUCCCUGAUGAAUUACUAAGUCUCCACACCACACACUCACCUCAGUUUCUUGGCCUGCACAAGGGGAAAGGACUGUGGAGUACUCACAACUUGGCUACUGACGUUAUAAUUGGCAUCAUUGAUAGUGGAAUCUGGCCUGAACACGUUAGUUUCCAUGACUGGGGCAUGUCACCUGUGCCCUCUAAAUGGAAGGGUGCCUGCGAGGAAGGCACAAAGUUCACAUCUUCCAACUGCAACAAGAAGCUUAUAGGUGCGAGAGCCUUUUUCAAAGGCUAUGAGGCCAGAGCCGGGAGAAUCAAUGAAACAGUGGAUUACCGAUCUGCUAGGGACUCCCAAGGUCAUGGGACACACACUGCAUCAACUGCAGCUGGUGAUAUGGUAGCUGGAGCUAGCAUUUUUGGCAUGGCCAAGGGCUCUGCCAGUGGAAUGAUGUAUACAUCAAGAAUAGCUGCCUACAAAGUUUGUUAUAUUCAAGGUUGCGCUAACUCCGAUAUAUUAGCAGCAAUAGACCAGGCUGUUUCCGAUGGGGUUGACAUCUUGUCACUCUCUUUGGGAGGUGCCUCAAGGCCGUAUUAUAGUGAUAGCUUGGCUAUAGCUUCUUUCGGGGCAGUUCAAAACGGAGUUUUAGUUUCUUGCUCUGCAGGAAAUUCAGGCCCUUCUAGUUCAACAGUUUCCAAUUCCGCACCAUGGAUCAUGACCAUUGCUGCAAGCUCCCUUGAUAGAAGCUUCCCUACUAUAGUUAAGCUUGGUAAUGGGGAAACAUAUCAUGGGGCAUCUUUAUAUUCUGGCAAGCCAACUCAUAAACUAUUGCUUGCUUAUGGAGAAACAGCGGGCAGUCAAGGAGCUGAAUACUGCACUAUGGGCACACUCUCUCCGGAUCUGAUAAAAGGAAAGAUUGUUGUAUGUCAGCGAGGCAUCAAUGGCCGAGUUCAAAAGGGGGAACAAGUGAGAAUGGCGGGUGGAGCUGGAAUGCUACUGCUGAAUACUGAAGAUCAAGGUGAAGAACUUAUUGCUGAUGCACACAUUUUACCAGCCACUUCCUUAGGGGCUUCAGCAGCCAAAUCCAUAAUAAAAUAUGCAAGCUCCAGGAAUCCAACAGCUUCAAUUGUAUUCCAAGGGACUGUGUAUGGCAAUCCUGCGCCUGUAAUGGCAGCAUUCUCUUCAAGAGGCCCUGCUUCAGAAGGGCCUUAUGUGAUCAAGCCCGAUGUGACUGCUCCAGGCGUCAACAUACUGGCUGCAUGGCCACCAACAGUUAGCCCUACUCGGCUCAAUACGGAUAACAGAAGCGUACUAUUCAAUAUAGUCUCUGGGACAUCAAUGUCUUGCCCUCAUGUUAGUGGCCUAGCUGCGCUUCUUAAAGCAGUCCACAAAGACUGGUCACCCGCAGCAAUCAAGUCAGCCCUGAUGACAACUGCUUAUACUCUAGACAACAAGAGGGCUUCAAUUUCUGAUAUGGGUUCUGGUGGCUCACCAGCCACCCCAUUCGCUUGUGGUUCAGGUCAUGUCAAUCCGGAGAAAGCCUCUAAUCCAGGGCUAAUUUAUGACAUUGCAACUGAGGACUAUCUCAACCACUUGUGUAGCCUUAACUACACCUCUUCUCAGAUAGCUCUAGUGUCAAGGGGGAUCAGUUUCACUUGCCCAAAUGACACACUUCAUCUUCAACCUGGAGACUUGAACUACCCUUCAUUAGCAGUACUUUUCAAUGGAAAUGCCCAAAACAACAGUGCCACAUACAAAAGAACUGUAACAAAUGUUGGGCAACCUACUAGUACUUAUGUGGCGCAGGUACAGGAGCCUGAUGGAGUAUCAGUCAUGGUUGAGCCUAGUGUCUUAAAGUUCAGAAAAUUCAAUCAGAGACUGAGUUAUAAGGUGAGUUUUGUUGCCAUGGGAGCAGCAUCAGCUUCAGUACCAAGUUCAUCUUUCGGAUCUCUAGUUUGGGUGUCUAAGAAGCAUUGGGUUAGAAGUCCUAUUGCAAUAACUUGGCAGUAGCCCUCCAUGCAUGAAAGCCUUCAUCUACAGAGAUUCCAAGCUUGAAUUCUAUUAUGUUAUGGAAAAUCAGAUGAAUAUCAGUACUCUUCAUGUUGUCCUAAUAGAAAUGUAGCAUUCAAUAAGAGACAUGGGACUUGAGCAUUGACCCAUGAUCAAUAUAAUGAAAAAAAGGGCAAGAGAAGUAA